AAUUAUGUGAUCUGCAAUCUUUUGCUAUGAUGUAACCUCGUGCUUGAUAAUACACCCAUACAUGCGUAUCGGAUAUCCAUGAAUUUUAGUGCAGUGUUUAAAUGAAACUUUAAAAUUAAUAAUUGUAUUGUUUAUCGAGAGGUUAUGUUUUUCAGCUGGAGAAAUAUAAAUAAAUAUUCCAACUUAACCUCAUUUUCAUUCCUGCAUUAAAAUUUGAUAUUUGGAAUAAGCAGUGAAAUAUGCACACAGAAACGUACAUAUUGCAUUAAAGAGCCGACUUCAUGUCGUACAUUUGUCGGUAGGGCAGUGCCUGAUUUGACGUUUAACCCAGUGAUGUUUUAUGUGUGUGUAGAAAAGAAAUAGUAAUGCCACCCAUCAAUUAAAUUGCUCAAGUUAUUUAUAUGUGUACAUGAAUGCCUUAAGAAAGUUGAUGCAAAUUUUUAUUUUUAUAAAUGAAAAUUAAUUGAAAUGUGUAAAAUGACGUAUUUGACUCGAGUUUUAAAUAUGGAAGGGCGAGCAUAUGGCAUUAAUUGGUUGACAGCAGCGGUAAAUGAUAUAAAAGGUUCCCAACUAAUUGCUAUGCAACCAGAGGAUGCACAUUUAAUAUCAAAUGGUGUUGAUGAAUAUAUAAUAAAAGCUGACGAGCAAGAUGAGGCCAAUAUACAACAAAUUGCUGCUGAAAACCUAAUUUUCAUGGCAAGCGAUGGGCAAAUGUUAGCAGAAUAUAUAACAGCUAAAGAUGAGCAAUGCUCGGUUGUUAUCAGUCCCGAUGAUAAUAGUGCUUUUGGAGUUGGUACUAUAACAGCAGAAGAUGGCAUAGAAAAUCAUAGUGAUUCUGAAAGUCGUUUUAUUGACUUUGGCGAUACAUCACCACAAAUAGUAACCGAAGAAGUAAUAACAGAUGAUUGGGUACAACGUCAAGGAGAAGAAUUUGUGGAAAUACCUGCUGAACAACUUAUUGGCUCUGCUUCACAAGUACUUUUAGAUAUAGAAGUACCUUUACCUACAGCGCAAGAUGAAUAUACAACAAUGCGUCCAUAUCCUUGUGAUUUUUGUUCUAGACGUUUUCGUAAAAAAAUUACAUUAAUGAACCACAUGGUGACUCAUCAAAGCGAUCGCUCACUCUUAUGUAAAUUGUGUAAUACACGAUUUUUAAAACGAACAGAUUUAAUUAAUCAUUUAAAGAGCCACGCAUAUGAUGACGCCACUUCCUAUGAGGGUACAAAUUUUGUGAAUUUCACUACCCGAAAGCAUGAGAAACAGGAAAAUGUUAACGAUCAUUUUUAUAACAAUGAUUGGGAAAGCCAUAGUAACAUUGCAAUUACAAAAAAAACAUUGCCACAAUCGCAAAAUACAAGCGCUAAUAGUUCCUUAAUUUCUGCUCCUUUGCGUGGCAGAGUUAGUCGCUUAAAGUUAAGUGAUAAUAGAUAUACCUUAACUGAAACGAAGCCGGAUCAUGGUGGUGACAUACAACUUGUUGAGGGUCAAGAAUUAGAGCACAGUCCAACAACCAACACUUUAACUACAGACCCGACUGAACAUCAAUUUCAGUUUCCAAUUAUAGAUGAAAGUAAACCAUUUGUUUGUCAACAAUGUGGACUGGCUUUCGCACGAGAAAAAGCUUUAUUGUCACAUACAAAGAACCAUCAAAAAGAUACUGCCAACGAGUGUAAUCAGUGCAAUGAAAUAUUUUGGGAUGCAAACAGUUUGCAGGAACAUAUGAAAACACAUCAAUUUGAGGAAAGCAAUUCUGAAUAUGAUCCUGCUGAUGGUGAUUUAACACAGAGUGAUUCCGAAUCCGAACAUGCUUAUGGCGAAUUCUAUUGCAACGAAUGUGGCUUGGCUUUUCAUCGCAAGAACUUAUUGAAUCGUCAUAAAAAGUUACACGAAGGAUCUAAUAAAACAAAAAUGAAUGGAGAAGAUGGGAAUAAAAGUGAACACCAUUGUUGUUGUACUACAUGCGGUGAAACGUUUGCUGAAGCUUUAGAUCUUCUUGCGCAUGCUGAAGUACAUGCUCGAUAUCCACCUUUUAAAUGUCUUCUAUGUGGUGAAUCAUUUAUCGAAGAGAUCACUAUAAAACGUCACAUAGAGACGAAACAUAGUGGAGAAAUGACACAAAACUCCUGCAUAUUAUGUGGAAAAGAAUGUCGUGAUCGUAAAGCUUUAAUGAAACAUUCAUGGGAUCACUCAAGAGAAAAAUGUCACUCAUGUUCCAAAUGUGGCAAGAGUUUUUACAGUAAAGCUCGACUCAGACGGCACAUGGCAUCACAUCGUGAUAAAACCGUUUCAUGUGAUGUAUGUCAUGAAGAAUUUCCCGAUGGUCGUACCUUAUCUAAUCAUCGACAUUCACAUAGUGUAAACUCUACUGGUAAAUUGUUUCCUUGCAAUGAAUGUGGCAAAACAUUUGGUUCAAGAAGCUCACAGCAAAUACAUGUUCGCAUUCACACUGGUGAGAGACCGUAUGGUUGUCGAUUUUGUUGGAAAGCCUUUGCAGAUGGAGGUACACUACGUAAACAUGAACGUAUACAUACAGGGGAAAAACCAUAUGCUUGUUCAGUUUGUCCCCGUGCAUUCAAUCAACGUGUAGUGCUGCGAGAGCAUAUACGUUCACAUCAUUCUGGUUUAGAUACGAAACGUGGUGUAUAUUUUUGCACUGUGUGCAGUGAGCAAUUACCUUCAUCUGGUGAUUUGAUGCAGCAUCUAAUUGAGCACAGUGAUAAAAACACUGCCAUGCAACGGCAACCAAUUGUUGGACCCCGAAAGUACAAAAGACGUAGAAAGUUGAAGCCACAUGAAUUGGAACACAUGCGUGAAAAAUCUUUCAAUGAAAGCGAUAUUGAUAUAUCGGAUAUAGACAUGGAUAAUAUGCAAGACAUACUAAACAUAAAUGAAUCUGAGACCAGUAAAUCCUGUAAUGCUAAAAAAUUUAAAUAUAGUAAAAGCAACAGUUCAACUAUAAGCAGUAAUUUACAAGAUGCACCUGGAAGUGCAAAUAAAAAAGAUAACAUAGAUAUAAAUGAAAGGAAAGUACGAAAACGCAACAGUUCUGUUAGCAGCUCGGAUAAAAAUUGGCAAACAAAAUUGAUCAAUUCCACCACUAAAUCUGAAGCUUAUAAAUCAAUGCUGUCCAAUGUUGAAAAUACUUUGCAAACUAUUGAUACGCUUGUUGUGGAUUAUGAUAAGGCUAAUAGUGACACUUCAGACGAAGAAUUUAGAUUGAAAUUGCCUAAUAAAAGAACAAAUUCAUCAGAAUGUAUAGCACAACGUACACAGCAAGUCAAGUUUGACAAGGGCGGAAAUAAAUACGGAAAUGAUACAGUGUUAACAACUCCAAAUAAAACAAGGAAUCGUAAAAGAACAGAAAAAGUUUCAAAAAAUAUAAGACCAAAAAUGAUACAUACCGAAAAGCAACGUGUAAACAAAGCCGAUAAUCAUAAAAAGCGUGCAAAAACUUUUAUAACACGUACAGAUACAAAUAAAACUAAUAAGACCAAUGUAGAAAUGCAAGACGAAUUAUAUAUAUUGUCAAAUAAUAUUGAACCGCUAAAUCAAAUCAAUCCAAGUGCUAUAGUCAUAAAAGAGGAACGCCAAACUGAUAAGUCUGAACAUUAUGCAGAACAAUAUGUGUGUCCAGAUCAAAUACAACAAUCUUCUCGUAAUUUAUAUGAUGCACAACUUUUAUUAGAAGCUGCUGCGCUGCGUAAAGAUGUUUAUGAAAAAUUCAAUCCAAGCGUUGUAAAUGACUUGGAGGAUAUAUUGCGUUCACCUCUGAAGUCAGAAAGAACAGAAAGGCAACGAUUCACAAGUGAAUCAUCAACACACUACCUUGCAGAUCAAACAGAACUACAUUUACAAAAUUAUAUUAAAAUAGAAACAUCAUCACCCGAAUUGCGUGACAUGUAUCCCAGCAGUAGUAGCGGUAGUGUUAGUGUUGCAAAUGAUAUGCAACAUCACAGUAAAGGCGAACGCCGCUCAACUCGUAGCCGUUUAACUACCGUAAAUCGCAAAUUUUUAGAUUUUGAAACGGAAUUACUUAAUAAACCUAGUAGUUCAUCCCAGAAGCGUGAGGUCACUCAAAAUAAAAACAAACCUAUAAAAAGCCAAAGAGAGAAGCUCAAUUCAACACAAAAUUCUUUUCUUGAUUAUAAUAAUUAUAAUAAUUUAAAUACAAGCUCAUCUAGUAACUCAACCUAUUCGCCGAUGUCUGCUGUUAUAAACAGUAUUAACCAAACUACAGAAACAACGCCAACAAAAAUCGAACAGAAAAGAUUCUUCGAGUGUGAAAUGUGCUCACUAGUUUUUAGUGAUCGUGCGCAGCUACUAGGACAUGUGCCUAUACAUAUUUAGUUGAAGAACUAAAAAAAUUAUUCACUAAAAUAUAUUUCAUUUUUUAUUCUAAGUAUAUAUAUGGUAUAUAUAUAUAAUUAGUUAAUAUAUUUGAAAUUUCUUUAUAAUCAAUUUAAAUUGUUUAUUUAAACUUAACAUUAGUUGCGUUUCGGCAAGUACUGAUCUAAUCAACCAGAUAUUGAGUUGCUCCACAUUGUGGUGCAAUGUGGAAUAUAUGCGUUAAAUAUAAGUGGAAUGUUAUUAAUGAUAAAAGCGAUUGCCCAUACAACUUUUUCAUUUGAUUUUACAUUUAGUCGUCGACGUCGACGUCGACGAUUGGGACCAUUGAUUGGGCCCGGCCGUUAUUGGUGCCAUACAAUGCAAUAAGUUUAUAAAGCAAGCAAUCAAUGAAAAUGUGCAGUCAUAUCACAAAACAUAAAUUAAAUCCAAUCAACAAAUAUUUCGCAUAAAAAUAAAUUCAAUAUAAUUGCUCAAUAUCUGUUUUAGCUGUAAUAAGAUUUUUGCUAUGCUUCCAUCAAAAAACUAAAACUUAAUUGGUUCGUACGUUUCUCCUCUAUUUUCACUUCGGCACGAUUUUUAAUCGAAUGCAUUGUUUUCUAUAAGUUAAAACGCAUCAGCUGAUUUCUUACAGUCUUUAAAAGUUAAAAGAACAUUUGAUGAAUAAAUACACAGCAGGCAAAUAUGAUGCAUCUCCAAUUAUAUUCACUUGAAACAGAUUGAUAGAUCAGUGGUGCUAAAACGCAGUAGUUUUAUUAAUCUUAAUCUAUUAAAUAGUAAGUUUUUUUUAAGUAAUUUUCUUUUAAAUGCAGUACGUUUUGAAACUGCUCUUAAGUUCUUAAUAGCAAUAUUUCUUAUUAAUUUGAAAAAUGUAACUUUAUACUAUAGUGUGUUAAAUGUUUGACUUUUAUAUAAAUUUUGGAUU